AAAUCAGUGAAUCGUAUCAAUAGUGAAGUAGCCUCAAAAAAGGAGCAAGGAUUUUGGCAGAGGCUCCUGUCUGUCACGAGUGAUCGCGACCGCAUUGCCGGAUGGGAAAAGGACUUGGAUCGUGUCAUCCCACUAUUCAGUGCUGAGAUGCUCGUUGGUCUCGCGAUUGGAAUGAACGCGCGGACCGUAGGACUCAAGGACAAUGUUCAUGGGAAUGUCGAAAGGUAUCAUCCACCAGUGCCCCCGUCACGCCCCUCUAUGUUUUAUGGACGUGAGGAUCUCGUAGCGGAGAUGACAAACCUUGUCGUCAACGAUGAACAUAUCGCGUUAAUCGGUUUUGGAGGCAUGGGGAAGAGUUCCCUUGCCAAAGCUAUCAUUAACGAACCACCUGCCAUGGAGAAAUUUGCUGAUAGGCGCUUUUUCGUGACCUAUGAUGGUCUUGAUCCUUCGACCAUCACCUUUGAGACUUUCACAACUCGUUUUGCGGGAGCCCUGGGCAUAGAGCUUGCUGGUGCUGAUCCUAUGCGGCAAAUAUCUGCCCUUCUUCGUUCUGCCAGCGCCCUCGUUGUCCUUGAUAACGCUGAGACCUUUGAAGAGGCCAGUGGAUCAUCGGCGCUCGGAGAGAUACCACCAGCCAUUGCUGACAUUGCAAACAUCCCUGGCGUUAUCCUGAUCCUCACGUCACGCAGUCGAAGGAAUGCACCGAACGUGCGAUGGAUAACGAAAGAUAUUCCGCCACUGGACUUAAGCGCUGCUCAAGCAGUGUUCUUUCAAAUCUAUCAACACGCCAGUUGUAGCGAGGCUGGGGAAGACAUACGGGACCUACUCAAGGAAUUGGAAUUCCACCCCCUUUCCAUCAAUUUGCUCGCGAACGCUGCGCAGCAAAAUAGCUGGUCUCCAGCCACACUGCUGAAGAGGUGGAACAAUCGGCACAGCAAGGUGCUGGACCCUGGCAAGGGGAAGCUCCAAAGCUUGUCGGACACUAUGCAGCUGUCACUCAGCUCGCCAUCGAUACAGGACCUCGGCGAUGAUGCUCGUCGUCUUCUGACCAUAAUCGCUUUCUUGCCACAGGGCCUUAAUGAUACCCUGGCUAGCGAUUUGUUACCGUCGCUCCCGCAAGUCGACAUUAUAUGCGAUGUCCUUUGCAGACAAUCUCUUGUUUAUCGUCAGGAUAGCUUCAUCAAGUUGCUCGCCCCCAUUCGACAUUAUGUGCGCGAUUCGUUGCAAGCACCUGACUCCGCUUGUUUGGGAGAGAUACGUAACUUCUACUAUCGCACCGUCGACUGCUGUUUGGAAGAACACGAUCACUAUGCUGAUAUAAUUACCUCGGAUCACCUGAACAUUGAGCACGUAGUUGCUUUCGACCUUGCCUACGUCCCAGAUGUCAUCGAAGAGACCUAUGACAUCUGCUGGCAGUUUUUGUGGUGCUUGCAGAGGCAUCUACCUCGCCCAACCAUCCUUACUCCAAUUGUUUUCAAAAUAACAGAGAACUCCUCCACGCGGGGGCCAAAAGCAUGCUGCCUGCAGUAUCUCGGUGCGCUCUACACCACUCUUACCCAGCUCACCGAAGGGAUGAAGGCUUUCAAAACUGCUAAAGCACUCUAUCUUACCGUCGACGACCAUGAAAACGCAGCACACUGCGUCGUCCAAUGUGCAGAUAUCUACAGGUGUCAAGGCCGAUUCAUUCAGUCCCAACAGGUUCUGGAGGCGUUCCAACACGCCGACUCGUGGACAUUUCUCAGCGAAGCAUCAAAAGCUUACGUCUUGUAUUUCUCGGAUAAGGCCAGAAUGUAUACAUUAACAGCAUUCGUGGACGAAUUAUUUGUGAAGUCCGGAGAAGAUCGCGACUGGGGCUUGCCAUCCAAUAUUUGGUACUGGCGGGCCAAUUUUUACCACGGGGGAGACUUUGUACAGGCAAACACGCACUUAGAAGACCUUCUCCCGCAAUGCCCAAGUACUGGGGAUCUUUUUGCUCGCAGGGACGUACUUGAGGGGCUUGCACAAAUUGCAUUUUGCGAAGGCAGGUUAUCCGACGCAAUGGAUAUUUUGCACCAACUUGUAGAGAUGUUCGAGGGUCAAUAUUCGGACGGUGUCCUUUGGUACACCGUCCAGAAGGCUAUUGUUGCGAGCAAGCAGGAGAAUCAUGACUUUGCGAGGGAGCUCAUCCACAAAUCCUCAGAGCCCUUCCAAUUCUUUGCCCUGCGCAAUGCACGUGCAUUUCUCCACCGAUCUUAUGGCUCCGCACUCAUCGAGCUCGCCGCAGGGGAGUACGACAAGGCUGCGUCUCAAUUCACCGCCACGAUUGAAGGUUGCAACAUGCAAGGCAACCUGCAUGCGAAAGCAUUCAACAUCCGUGGGCUGGGUGAGGUUGCCUUUGUGCAAGGUGACUUCGUUUUAGCAGCACAGCGCUUCGCAGAAACACGGUCUUUGUGCGUUGAGAUGGGAGUGCCUCCCUACCAUUUGUACAGUUGCUUGCCAUUCCAUGCUUUGUCGAGCAGAUUCGAAGGGUGGGGGUUGUUUUUGGAAGGUCGUUCGUCAUUUACAAAUGUUAUGUAGGUCAUCAUAUGUGAUGAUUAUGUGGUAUACUGUAUCCCCACAUAUUCAGAUUGUGACACGAAUCAUAGGUACCAAGUCUCUUAACAAAAGAGAUCUUGGUCAAACAAGUCCGAGGCUGAGGUUACGGCGAGUUGAACUCGCUUCACGACAAGGCUUUUGACUAGACUCAAAGUGUUUCGUCAAUAUCCUCGGUCUCCAAUGCUUUCAUCUGUCGAUGUUGUAGUGAUUCACUACAACUAUCUGUAGGAUCAAGGAUGGCGUAGGUAGCAUCGUGUUCGAAACGAUC